AGGCCAAGGGAUGAGCGGGGGCCUUCCUUCCCAAUGGCAUCUCCCCCCGGCCUGGAACUGAAGACACUGCGCAAUGGCCCCCAGAUCCCAAGGAGACCAGCUCCUCUGGGCCCGGCGGCUCUGCCCAGGGAGGGUGUGGAGAAUGUCUGCUUUUCCUCAGAGGAGUGUGAGACUCAUUUCCAGAACCCAGGGGACACCAGACUGGGCAGAUCCCCCAGCACCCCCGGAGGGGGGUUCCCCUCACGGCCCCGAUCCCAGCGGGACGAUCUAUCCCUGCGUUCAGAAGAGGGGCCAGGCCUAGAGCCCGUGAGCCGCCCGGUGGAUUAUGGCUUUGUUUCUGCUCUCGUUUUUCUGGUGAGUGGGAUCCUCCUGGUGGUGACCGCAUACGCCAUCCCACGUGAGGCCCGAGUCAACCCUGACACAGUGACAGCGCGGGAGAUGGAGCGGCUAGAGAUGUACUAUGCCCGCCUGGGCUCCCACCUGGACAAGUGCAUCAUCGCGGGCCUGGGGCUGCUCACCGUGGGCGGCAUGCUUCUGUCGGUGCUGCUGACGGUCUCCCUGUGCAAGGGCGAGCUGUACCGCCGGCCCACCUUCGUCCCCGGCAGGGGCUCCAGGAAGACCUACGGCUCCAUUAACCUGCGCAUGAGGCAGCUCAAUGGGGAUGGGGGCCAGGCCCUGGUGGAGAACGAAGUUGUCCAGGUCUCAGAGACCAGCCACACCCUCCAGGGGUCUUAA